AUGUUUUCGAAAGUUUAUCAACCAGGUUUGAUAUGCAUAUUCGAUGCGGAUAAUGAAAAACCGUUAAAAAUAUGGGAAAAAAAAAUUCAAGAUGGUUCUGUUAAAAGAAUAUUAUCGGAUGAAAUAAGAGGUUUAGUUUUGGAAAUAUCAAGUAAAAUGCCAAUGUCGAAUUACAUAUAUUGUCCAUCGAACAUAAAACAAUCAUUGAACAUAUACUAUCCUUAUUUGCAUUUGACCGUUAAACUAUCAUAUUCGUCCAUAUUUGCUUUCGACGUUCUCAUCAUAGACGAUGAAAAUGUUAAAAGAAGAUUUAGAAUAUCAACGAUACAAACGUUUGUCGACAUACAACCCUUUAUGUGUAAACUACCCCUGUCUCUCGAAUCAGGAUGGAACGAAAUAACGGUACCAUUGCAUCACUACGUUAAAAGCAUUUACGGUACGAAUUAUAGUAAAACCCAAAGAGUCGCCAUUUAUUCGAAUUGUUUUUUGAAAAAAAUUUAUUUUUCCGACAAAGAAUAUUCGGAUGAAGAUAUACCUUUGGAAUUUCACAUAGAAGACAUUGAUUUUCAAGAAAAUUAUCAAAAUAAAUUAUCCGGAGUUUUACAAAAGAAAAAAAUGUCGUUGAAACGUUAA